AUGCUUUUUUGGAACAUCCUCUCUUUUUGCGUAUACCUUUCUUUGCUUCGAUAUAACCAGGCGACCCUAGAAAUCCAAAUUAAUUCUCCACACCACGGAAUACAGGAUGUUCCGCAAUCACAUCAGGAUGACUCCAGGAAUUCGAUUGGUCCUGAAAAUCGCCUCCUAAAGAGGGACUUCUUGCAUUUCGACAGUGAAAUGAGACACGUUAUAUCUCCACAGCCCUUCCACCCGGAAGCUUUUGAACCGACAGUAAAUGGCCUCCAACACUCCGGAACAGGAGCAUCAGACUUGCACUUAGAACAUGCCCUUUCUCCCACAACAGAAGAAUGGAUGUCCUUGCUAUUGCAAACGGAUGAGCCUUCCCCACAUUCUACUCCUCCUGCCCAAACCGCAACAUCUCAUGCAUCUCCGUCAAGAUUACAAAGCAGCAAUUCUAUAGCCAGUCCAGAACUCAUGAUAACCCCCCCAACACUCAAGAGAAAAUUUCCUUUCGCAAUCCCAGUGAACGAUGACGGUUCAGAACUUGUACGACAUCCGGGUCAGAAACAUCAGGAUUUCGCUAGAAAGAUAACCGACGCUUUCAUUCAAUCUGAGGCUUCUAGUUACGACAUGAAAUCUAUCGCACAGGCUUACUUCAGAGCUCAGGAACGUGAAGAUGUCAAUCCAGAAAAUCGCCUGCCUGGCAAUUUCUUUGGAGAAGCUUUUGUACACUCUGCUGAUGAUCCCCCACGCUUAAAGAGAGCGCUAGGCGAGGCAAACAUCGAUAUGAUGAUUUUCUACGCGCCGGAAGAUUUCCACGGGCUGAUGGACACAUGGACGAAGCAAGGCUUGAAUAGUGACGGGGAUUUCUUUGAAGACCUCAAAAAUGAAGUUGAAGACGACUUCGCCCGUGGAAUAUACUCUGAACCACUCGUGAACGAGGCAUUAUCACUUUCUCAAUUCAUCGGCGAUGUGAAGAAACGGUUGAGCAGACAUGUUCCUUUGACCUACAACUAUGAAGUAAUGAUCGAAAUGGCAAAAGCAACCGAGUUCUGGUCUUCCACCAGAAUCUUUACCGAAAGUGAAGCUCUCGACGCCUUAGAAAAACUCAAUCAACUACUUCGCAGCGAUCCUCUCACUUAUUUUAUUGCCGAGAAUUGGCUCAAUGAAUUCUCCGUCCCCCGAGGUCGCUGGAGUUUGAAGAUAAAACAUCUGAAAGAGCUCGAAACAAAGGCUUCUGAUAGGAUAUUGCAAGCCAUUGCCUACUCUACGGACAUCUCGCCGCGAGGAGUAGCAGGCGACGAGACUUUCAAUGCAGCUAUGUUGGCAGGAUUUAAUGCAAAAAAUGCGUGGAAACAGCUGGCUAAACUACCACAGAAAUCACCAUUCAGAUCACAGCUGUUGAAGGCCUUGAAUGAGUGGGACUUGUUGACGACAGGUAAAUUGAUAUCAUUGAAGAAUAAGGUUUUUCUUGAUGCAGCUGUAAAAUACCAUUCGACAGUAGUGACUCUGAAAGCUUUUCGCAGGAAGGACAUCACUGGAGCAGACUUGGCUUUAUCUACAUGGGUCGCGCUUCACAACACUGAUCUUUCCAGGGAUACCAUAGAGAAGACUUUAGAGAAACAGGUCCCAAAUUUAUCCCAGGCCAACAGAUUAUUACAGCAAGGGGCAUCUGCCAGACUCCAACUUCAAAGCUUAGUGGCCAUCGUAUUCCCUUGGGCGUAUGAGCGCUAUUAUGCGUUGCCUACGAUGGGUCAUGAAAAUGAUUUCUCUGUGGCAGCUUCGACAUUUUUGAUAAUGAGAAAGCGACUCAACAACGUCUUAAGAUUUUCUCCUGAAGAAAAGAUUAAAUUCAAAACCGAGCUAAUAGAAUUUCUCGGUACUGAAAAUUAUGACCAAAGGAUGAAACAGAUUAUUCAAAUCUCAGAUGAAAUAAGACAUGCUAUCAACAUGAGAAAUAUGCAAAAUUUAGCCGCACAAGAAGGACUCGAAGUGGCAUCACGUAAGCAUUGGUAUCAUUACCUAAAGCAUUUAAAUAGACUUCAUCAACAGCGUCCUGAAACCUUUGAGCGGCUAGGAGAACUUUAUAGAAGCUUUUCAGAGGUCACAAAAAAUCGGAUGCCUCCAUUCUCAAUGAAUCAGUUCUAUACUUAUAUCAACCAUUGUGCAUAUCUGUAUAUUGAGGAAUUAUUUCAUUCCGGAAUUUCACUCGAGACUGCUGCAGAACUAACAGCCGCGAAUUGGAACCUAUUCAAAGCCAUCGAGGAUGCAAAUGAGCACAUCUUAUCCGUCAUCCAAGCACGAUUCCCACCGGAGUCAGAUGCGAAGGCAGUUUAUGUACUAACGCAAGGUAUACGAAGAAAGGCUGCUGAAAACUACGAAGGACUCUUGCGCUGGAGAGAAAAGUAUAACGUCUUAACUCAAACGAUGUCAAAAGACUUUGUGAAGUAUAUUCAAGAAAUUGAUUCUGAAGUGAUAUCGAUUUCUGAUGUCGAUUUCGAAGAAAAGGGAUACCCAGGUUAUCCUAUAAUAACUGCAAAGGUACACAAAGCUCCGCCGCAUUUCCAAUUGACAAGAAUGGUACAAAACACUCUGGGACCGAACUUCUUUUCCAACAGAAAAUAUCUCCUCAUGCACCGUCGCAAUAAUAGCAAGAACUAG